AUGAGUCGUCGUCUUUUUCUUCGAAUCGCAAAUGCAGUGGAAGCUCACAAUCCAUAUUUCAAACAAAGAACAGAUGCUCUUGGUGUUCUUGGUUUAUCUUGCCUUCAAAAGGUAACUGCAGCUCACAGGAUACUUGCAUAUGGUAUUCCUGCAGAUCUUAUUGAUCAAUAUCUUCGAAUUGGGGAAACCACUGCGAUUGAAAGUCUUAGAGCUUUUGUCAAAGCAAUCGUAGUUGGUGAUUGGUAUCUAAGGGCACCAAACGAGGCCGAUAGUUGUCGAUUAUUAUCAAUUGGAGAGUAUCAUGGAUUUCCAGGGAUAGGUGGUGGCUUCACAAGAUCUUUGGAUAUGGCAUGCCUUUUUGGAAUGCCUGGAUUACUGAAUGAUAUUAAUGUUCUUGAUCGGUCACCUAUCUUCGUUGCACUUGCUGAAGGUCGUACUGCUCCUGUCAAUUAUACAAUUAAUGGGCAUGAAUAUACAAUGGGAUACUAUUUAACAUAUGGGAUUUAUCCUAAUUGGUCAACCUUUGUUAAGACAAUCCCAAGACCAUUAGGAGCAAAGCGAAAAUAUUUUGCAAGUAAGCAAGAGUCUGCAAGAAAGGAUGUGGAGCGGGCAUUUGGGGUGCUCCAAUCUCGUUUUGCAAUUGUACGUGGACCUGUUCGAUACUGGGAUGAAGAAACGCUUGCAAAUAUUAUGAAAGCUUGUAUAAAAUGCAUAAUAUGA